GCGUGAGGAGCCGGCUCCGGGCGCCACCCCGGGGUGCGCUCGCUAGGGCGCUGGCCGUUGGGCGGCGCGGGGUGGCCGCGGGCCGGCGGCGGGAGCUGCGGCGGGGCCGGUGCGUCCCGCCCGAGGGCGGCUCUGGCUGAGGGCGGAGGAGCCGGGGGACAGCCCGGGGCAGCGGCCGAGACGGCACGGCGGCAGCAGAGCCCGCUGCCCCCGGACGCCCCCGGCGACAUGCUGACAGAUAACCUGGUGGAGGAGUUUGAGAUAGAGGAUGAGCCGUGGUACGACCACCGGGACCUCCAGCAAGAUCUCCAGCUUGCUGCUGAACUUGGAAAGACGCUGCUGGAUCGGAACACAGAGUUGGAGGAGUCUCUUCAGCAGAUGUACACAACCAAUCAGGAGCAGCUACAGGAAAUUGAGUACCUGACCAAACAGGUGGAGCUCCUGCGGCAAAUGAAUGAGCAGCAUGCAAAAGUUUACGAGCAGUUAGAUGUCACAGCAAGAGAACUGGAAGAGACCAACCAGAAGCUUGUGGCUGAGAGCAAAGCCUCGCAACAGAAAAUCCUAAGCCUGACGGAAACAAUUGAAUGCCUACAAAACAACAUUGAUCACCUCCAGAACCAAGUGAAGGAGCUGAAAUCUUCCAGCCAAGAAAGAGAGCGGCAGAAGACAUGUGACCAGGAGAAACCAGCACCCAGCUUCUCCUAUCUGAAAGAGCUGUAUGACCUCCGCCAACACUUUGUAUAUGACCACGUGUUUGCUGAGAAGAUCACUUCCUUGGAAAACCAACAAAGCCCCGAAGAAGAAGAAAACGAGCACCUGAAAAAGACAGUGACGAUGUUGCAGGCCCAGCUGAGCAUAGAGAGGAAGAAGCGAGUGAGCGUGGAGGCGGAGUAUAAGGUGGUGCUGAAAGAGAACAGUGAGCUGGAGCAGCAGCUGGGUGCCACAGAUGCCUUCCGAGCCCGGGCACUGGAGUUGGAGGCUGAGGUGGCUGAGAUGCGGCAGAUGCUGCAGGCAGAGCACCCUUUUGUGAAUGGGGUUGAGAAGCUGGUGUCCGACUCUUUGUUUGUUACUUUCAAGGAGCCCAGCCAGAGCCUGCUGGAGGAGAUGUUCCUAGCUGCUCCAGAAGCACAACGGAAACCGCUUAAGCGCAGCAGCAGUGAGACGGUGCUCAGCAGCAUGGCAGGGGGUGACAUUGUGAAGGGCCAUGAGGAGACUUGCAUCAGGAGAGCUAAGGCUGUGAAGCAGAGGGGCAUCUCCCUUCUGCAUGAAGUGGACACUCAGUACAGUGCCCUGAAAGUGAAGUAUGAAGAGCUACUGAAGAAGUGCCAGCAGGAGCAGGACUCACUGUCACACAAGGCCGUCCAGACCUCUAGGCUGCUGCCCAGGGACCUGACAGGACUGGUAACCCCGUGUGAGGCUGGAGCCAGUGGCUGGGAACCCACCCCUGUCACCCCAGAGCCCACCACUUCCCCCACCACUACACCUCCAGAAUACAAAGCACUAUUUAAGGAGAUAUUUAGUUGCAUCAAGAAAACAAAGCAGGAAAUAGAUGAACAAAGAACAAAAUACCCAUCUCUGUCCUCUUACUCUUAACGAGACCUCCAGUUCUGAUCUGCUUGUUUUCUCUCCCCACCUCCCAUUCAGACACAUAAGCGCAAUUUCAAAAGCUUGAUGUUGCUAAAGGUAUCUGCCUCAUUGCUUUGCUUAAUCGGCAAAAGCAGGAAGCGAGGUGGCUGGCAGUGUUUAUCUCAUGAUACACUGGCCCUUGGUUGGUGCACUGAUGAUCUGAUUUCCAGGAAAAGCCCUGGAACCAGUGGAGGGGGAUCCAUGUAAAUGGGGUACACUACGGUGCCUACAGUGUGGGGCAAAGGACAGAAUUGGAACAAAACUAAGGCUGUUCCUAUAGCUUCCAUGCUCAGCUUUCAAACUACUUGGAACUCCAAGGUCUGUUUAAGUAAAAAUGCUUUCCACAGACAUUCCAAAGAAUGUUGAAAAAGUAGAAAUUAAUCUGAAGUAGAUGGCAAUAACAAGCUUCUUAAACCCCUGAGUUUUGUUGCAUCUGCUACCAGUUGAAUGAUGACUGACAGGUAAUCCUAAUAUUUACAAAUUUAAAUGAAUACCAGUUGAAGUGGCAAGUUUUGGUUUGACGAAUGCCUGUUGGUAUGUGCCCAGCAUUCAGCUGUUUUACUCAGAGGCAGGCAUGUAGUAUUUUGUUUUCAAAUCUCUUAGAUGGGAUCAGCGCUGACCACUUGGCAGCCACAAGCUGCUCCUACUCAGUUCUUAAUUCCUAGACAUGCAGACAUUCCUGUCUACUUCAUUACACAGUAUUGAUGUUCUGACUGUGGAAACUUUCACUUGUACACUUUUAAUUUAAAAGUAUUUAAGAGAACCGUGGUUCUGAUUGUUGUAUAUAUUUUUCUAGAAGCUGAAUAAAACUAUCUAUGAAUGUGAACAAACAGAUCUACUACCUGUUGUUUUAAGCUUAAUGCCUUUUUACAGAUGAAGCCACCUGGCCUGUUCCCAGUAGAUAACUCUAGGGAAUUUGACAAUGAUUUCCACUCAUUUUCUUUAAGCAGGAAAUCCUAGGGAUUGUAUUACUUAACACAAAUUCUGUACAUGUUGUUAAAUAUUAUGAUUGAAAGCAUUUUUCACUAUUUCAGAAGUUCUGGCUUAGUUCUGAAUUCAUAGCACUUAACUAGUUGGUUGUUAAAACAUCUGAUCAGCUAAUGGUUAAAAACUUUAAUGUGGCCAGGCGGUGGUGGCGCACGCCUUCAAUCCCAGCACUCAGGAGGCAGAGGCAGGCGGAUCUCUGUGAGUUCGAGACCAGCCUGGUCUACAAGAGCUAGUUCCAGGACAGGCUCCAAAACCACAGAGAAACUCUGUCUCGAACCCCCCCCCCCCAAAAAAAAACCCUUUAAUGUGUGACUAUUGGGCUGGAGCAAAGGCUCAGUUGAGUAAAGCACUUGUGCAAGCACUCACUAAGACUUGAGUGCACACCACAGCACCCGUGUGAAAUAUGAGCAUGGCAGCAUGCACAUGCAGUGCCUGCCACUGUGGAGACACCAGCAGACCCCCAGGACUCACUGGCCCUAGCCAGUCAGUAAAGUCCAAGUUAAGUGAGAAACUGUUUCACAAAAUGAGAGCAAGGGCUAGAGCAAUGUCUCAAUGGUUCAUUGGUUAAGAGUACACUGCUUACCCAGCGGUGGUGGUGCAUGCUUUUAAUCCCAGCACUCGGAAGGCAGAGGCAGGCAGAUCUCUGUCAGUUCGAGGCCAGCCUGGUCUACAGAGUGAGUCUAGAACAGGCUCCAAAGCUACACAGAGAAACCCUGCCUCAAAAAAAAAAAAAAAAAACUGCUAUUGCAGAGGACCUCAGUAAGUUCCCAGCACCCACAUCAGGCAGCUCACCACUGCCUGUAACUCCAGCUCCAUCCAGGUGAUUGGGAUGCUUCUGACCUUGAGCACAUGCACAUACACGUGCUUGCCUGUACAAAUACAGAAUAUUUUUUCUUAAAGAGUGAUGAUAAAGGAAGGCAUUUCAUUUGAUGUCAACCUCUGGCCCAUAAAUACAUCAACACACACACUAACAUUAGUCCGAUAUGAUGAGUAUUGAUGCUAAAUUACUUGUGCCUUUGAAUUAGCUUUUUU